AAGGUGUUAAUCUUGGUUUGAACCCGAGAAUGGGUUUUGGGUCUUCAAGGCCCAGGGUAUUCAGUGAAAGGCCACCGACGGGUUCUGUGGUGAAUAGAUCUAAAGUAUUUGGCAGAGAGGAAGAUAUGUGGAAGAUUAUUGGAUGGUUACUAUCAGACGACAAAACUCCAAGUCCCAUUAAAAAUGAUAAUAAUUUCUCGGUGCUGCCCAUAGUCGGCAUGGGUGGAGCUGGAAAGACAACCCUUGCUCAACUUGUUUAUAACCAUGAGACAGUUAAGAAUCAUUUUCGUCUGAAAGCUUGGGUCUGUGUAUCGGAAGACUUUGAUGUGGUGAGAUUAACCAAAGAAAUUCUAGAAUCAGCCACUGGGUCUUCCCCUCAUUCUAAUUCACUAGACCUGUUACAGGUGAAGCUUAAAGAAGCAUUAAGCGAAAAAAGAUUCCUAUUGGUUCUAGAUGACAUGUGGAAUGAGAAUUACGAAAGAUGGGAUGCUUUAAGCACCGUGUUUGCAUUCGGUAGACCAGGAAGCAAGAUAUUGAUUACAACACGGAACAAAAGCGUUUCAUCAAUCGUGCGCACUGCUCCAGGAGACCAUGAUCUAAAAGGUCUGUCAGACGAGGCUUGCAUUGCACUGUUUAGAAGGCACAGUUUCAUGGAUGAAAAUUCAUCUGAUGCAAGUACAAAGUUGGAAGUAUUUGGUCAAGAAAUUGUGAAGAAAUGUAAAGGUUCACCGUUGGCUAUAAAGACACUUGCUGGCCUCUUGCGAGAUAAAAGGAACAACAGUGAGUGGAAAGAUAUCUUGGAAAAUGAAAUAUGGGAUUUAAGAGAGAGUGAGAUCCUUCCAUCGCUCACAUUGAGCUACCAUCAUCUUCCUCCGCUUCUAAAGAGAUGCUUCACAUAUAGUGCUUUGUUUCCCAAAGACUACGUGUUUGACAAGAUUGAAAUAGUCAUUCUGUGGAUGGCAGAAGGUUUUGUUCAACCAAAAGGAAGAAAACGACUAGAAGAUAUAGGGGCUGGGUAUUUUGAUGAACUGUUUAUGAGGUCUUUUUUUGAGUUAUCUGAUCGUCCUCCUUCAAACUUGGGAUCCCCUUUUAGUCGGAUAACCUGCAUGGUACCUCUAGAUAUUGAGGCAUUGGACGAAGCUUCAAAUGUACUUCACAUCAGUUCUUUUUUUGAGUCAUCCAAUAACACAAAAUCAGGAUUUGUGAUGCAUGAUCUGAUCCAUGAUUUAGCACAAGUUGUUUCAGGUGGAAUAUAUUGUAGAAGAGAGUAUGAUAAGCCGUCCGAAGUUCUUUCGACAACCCGUCACUUGUCUUACGACCUUAAACACCGCCGUAAUGAUGUGGUGACAGAAUCAGAGGCAUUGAAAAGCUUACACACCCUUCUAACACUAAAUAAUGCACGUUAUAUUCCCACGGUUUUCUUGCCUAUCUUGCAGUUCCAAUUCCAAUUUCUGCGUGUGUUAUGUUUUAGAUAUUGUGGCAAUGAUGAGUUGCCUGAUUCAAUUGGCAAGUUGACACAUCUAAGGCUUCUUGAUCUGUCAUUUUCUGAUGUUGUGAGGUUACCCAACUCAAUUACAAGUCUUUACAACCUACAAACAUUGAUCCUAACUGGUUGUUGGUUUCUUAAAGAGUUGCCUGAAGAUAUGGGUAACCUCGUAAACCUUCGACAUCUUUUUCUCCCCGCGAGGACUUUGAAUUCCUAUAAAAUGCCAUUAGGAAUUGGUAACUUAACUUGUCUUCAAACAUUGAACACAUUCAUUGUGGGGUCAGAAAAUAUUAGCGAUUUGAAGGAGUUGUCCCAACUCCGUGGGGCUCUGGAGAUUUUUAAUUUGGAAAAUGUAGGCAAUAAUGGGACAGAAGCCAUAGUGACCGAUUUGAAGAACAAGCCCCACCUUCUUGGGCUACGGCUGUGUUGGAGAUAUUAUGGAAGCAAGGAUAGUUUUUCUGAUUUGGGGAGAGAUGAAAAACUGGAGGAAGAUGUACUUGACAAACUACAAACUUCUACCAUUCUUGAAGCACUAUGGAUUGAAAAUUACGGAGGUACCAGAUUCCCAAGCUGGAUAGAGAAUCCUUCCUUCUCUAAUUUAGAGACCAUGCAUCUCAUUUAUUGUGGCAAUUGCAGGUUCCUGCCUCAUCUUAGGCAACUUCCUUUGCUCAAACACCUAGUAAUCGAAGGCUGCAAUACUGCAAAAAUGGUGGGAAGUGAGUUAUAUGUGGUUGGCUCAUCAUCAGCUAAUAAGCAAUUUCGAUCAUUGGAGACAUUAUGUAUUGAAAGGAUGGAAGAGUGGGAGGAGUGGCCCGAAGUGGUUGAAGAAGAAGAAGAAGGUGGAGGACAAUUCCCUUGCCUCCGUGAGCUGAUUAUAAAAUAUUGUCCCAAAGUUAAGAAUGUUCUCUCACCGCUUUCCUGGCUUGGUGGGAAUGAGAAUUAAAAAAUGUCACAACCUAAGAAAUUUACCGCGGUUUCUUCCUUCAUUACAAUGGCUCCGUAUCAGUAAAUGUCGAAAAUUGGUGGUACUUCCGAGCCUUCCGUCCAUUAAGAGGUUGGCUUUAAACAGUUGUGACCAGAUGACAGCGUUGUUCAACUCUGACCAUCCAUCAUCAUCAGCACAACAUGUACAUAGCUCAUUCCCUUGCCUCCGUGUGUUAGAAGUUGUCUCUCUUCCCAAGGGCUUUCCAAAGUGGCAAAAGUAUGCAUCACAUUUCUCCUUGACUAUUGAUGAUGUGUCAGAUCUGAAAUCACUACCCAAUGGAUUUAUGCAACACUUGUCAGCACUUCAAGAAUUAAAGAUCUAUAAUUGUAGAAUGCUUACAGUUCUUCUGCAGAAUGAGAUUGGGUUUGAUCUCCUUCCUUCAAGCCUUCAGCGUUUGUACAUAUGUUUUGAUUGUGACAGCCUAGGAAAGUUACCACAGAGCAUGUGUAAUCUCCAUUGUCUUAAAGAACUAAGAAUUGAAGGGGCUAUAGAACUCGCAUCAUUGUUUGAAGGGAUGCACAACCUCACAUCUCUCCGAGAUCUUCGAAUAUCAAACUGUGAGAAUCUGGAGUCAUUGCCCAAGGAGCUACACACUCUAAUGCCUCUCCAAAAAUUUGUAAUUGAAAGCUGCCCAGCUCUUGUGUCCUUCCAGGAAAGAUGGUUACCCACUGCGCUUCAACACUUGGAGAUCAUAGAUUGCAAGAAUCUGGAGUCUCUACCCAAGGAGCUACACAUUCUAACUUUUCUCCAAAAAUUUAUAAUCAAAAGUUGCCCUGCUCUUGUGUCCUUCCAGGAAACAGGGUUACCCACUGCGCUUCAAUACUUGAAGAUCAUUGAUUGCAAGAAUCUGGAGUUGCCACCCAAACAGCUACAUACUCUUAUGUCUCUCCGAAGAUUUGUAAUCAAAAGUUGCCCUGUUCUUGUGUCCUUCCAGGGAACAGGGUUAUCCACUGCACUUCGACAAUUGGAGAUCAUCGACUGCAAGAAUCUAGAGUCUCUGCCGGAGGGACUCCACAAACUAACGUCCCUCCACUCAUUGAAAAUAGAAGAAUGCCCUGCUCUUGAGUCCUUUCCAGAUAUGGGGUUACCCAUUCCACUUAUGGAGUUGUUGAUUCAAAAAUGUGGGAAGCUGAAUUCCUUGCCCAAGGGGCUGCACAAACUCACAAAUCUUGUACUUCUGAAGAUUGUGGGAUGCUCUUUUCUUAUGGAGUGCAAGAGUCUUGAACCCCUACAAAAGUUGGGUCUUCAUAAUUUCACCUCUCUUUAUGAUCUCACCAUCGGUGGAUGUGCUGCUCUCUUGUCCUUUCCAAAGGGUCUGCUUCCCACUAAUCUUAGGGAAUUUUGCAUCAAGGACUGCCCAAUUCUUGAAUCCCUACAUGAUGGACUCUCUGACCUAACCUCUCUUAAACGUUUGGAGAUCCAGAAUUGUCCAAUGCUAAAACAACGGUACCAAAAGAAGGAAG